UUAAAUAAUUUAAUUUCACUCAAAAACAAUUUUCUUUCGAAUCUUUUAUUGUUGUUGCAUUUUAAUACAUUUUUUAUUGUUGUUGUUUUUAAUGUGAUUUGAGUUAACUACGAAAAAUUCUCCAAUUUUUUUCAUUUAAAAAUACCUCGAAAAGCUAACCAUUCGAAUUCGAAUGAUACAAAAAUGUCGAAUAAUAUUGUUCCAAUUGAACAACCAAAUAGUCAAAAACCAUCAAGUCAUAUACGUGCCGGCCGUGAAUGUUCCCCAUUUGCACAUCGUAUCGAUCCCAAUGAUGGAAUAUUGAAACCAAUCAUACCAUGUGGUGCUAUAGCCAAUAGUCUUUUCAAUGAUACAUUUCAAUUGGAACGUUUGGUUCAUGAUGCCAGUAAUAAUCCUACCUAUAAUGAAGUUCCAUUAAUCAAAACCGGAAUAGCAUGGGCAACUGAUAGGAAUAAAUUCAAAAAUCCACCCAUGCCAAAAGGAUUGAAUAAUCUAGCUGCUGCUUUCAAUGGCACACUUCAUCCAGUAAAUUGGCCUCGUCAUGUUUACGAUCUUGAUCCUAGUGAUCCCAAUGAUAAUGGUCUACAAAAUGAAGGUCUUAUUGUGUGGAUGCGUACGGCUGCCUUUCCAACUUUUCGUAAAUUGUAUGCACGAAUCCGCCACGAUAUCAAUGAGAAGGAUGUUAGUUAUCAGGAGGGAUUACCUAAAGGCAAAUAUCGACUGCAUAUCCAAUACAAUUUUCCUGUUGCCGGAUUUAAGGGUAAAAAACGAUUCAUUAUUUCAAAUACAUCAUGGCUUGGUGGACGUAAUCCGUUCAUUGGCGCUGUUUACAUAUUAGUUGGUUUGACAGCAUUGCUGCUAUCCGGAUUAUUUCUGAUAAUCCAUAAAAAAUUUAGUCCAAGGUUUGUAUCCACCAUCAAAAAAAUGGCCCUUAACGAUGAUGUGAAAAAUUUGCUUCAAAAAUAUGGCCAGCAACAUUUGCUACAAUUUUUCGACCGAAAUUCUCUCGAACAAAACAAACAACUGAUCGAUGAUAUCAAUUCGGUUGAUUUUCAAUCCUUAUGUCGUGAUGAGUAUUUUAAAAAUUCUGAUCAUUUGAUUGAAUCGAUUGAACAACAAUUGCAACCAUUAGAUGCCAAAAUUCAACAAGAUAUCCGUCAAACAUCACCCGAACUGAUUGAAAAAUAUCGUCAACUUGGUGUAAAAAUAAAAAAUGUUUCCUAUUCACCAAGCAAUCAAUCAAUCGGUACAGGUCUGGAAGAAAUAUCCAAAGGUAAAGUUGCUGUUUUGCUGUUAGCCGGGGGUCAAGGAACACGACUUGGUUCCAGUUUACCCAAAGGAAUGUUCGAUUUAGGAUUAGCUUCGCAUAAAACUUUGUUUCAAAUUCAAGCUGAACGAAUUUACAGGCUGCAAAAAAUGGCUGGAAAAUCCGAGGCUAUAAUUCCAUGGUAUAUUAUGGCUUCGGAGCAUACACUCAACUCAACCAUUGAAUUCUUCAAGAAAAACAAUUAUUUUGGUUUGGAUGAGAAAAACAUCAUGUUUUUCGAACAGGAUAAUAUUCCUUGUUUCACUUUGGAUGGUAAAAUCAUUCUCAAACAAAUGUUCAAAUUGGCGCGGGCACCAAAUGGUAAUGGUGGUCUGUAUGAAGCGAUCAGUAAAAAAGGAAUUCUAAAUGAUAUGCAACAACGUGGUAUCCACCACAUCCAUGCUUAUUGCGUGGAUAAUAUUCUGGUCAAAGUUGCUGAUCCGGUAUUCAUUGGUUAUUGUGCGACCAAAAAUGUUGAAUGUGGUGCAAAAGCAGUGGAAAAAAUGAAUCCCAAUGAAGCUGUUGGUGUUAUUUGUAAAGUUGGCGGUCGUUAUCAAGUUGUUGAGUAUAGUGAACUUUCAGAAGAAAUAUCUCAACAACGUGGUGCGGAUGGUCGAUUGAUGUUCAAUGCUGGCAACAUUUGUAAUCAUUAUUUUACGCUGAAAUUUCUUCGGGAAAAAGUUCGUUAUGAUGAACUUCCUUAUCAUUUGGCUAAAAAAAAGAUUCCCUAUGUUGAUGGUGAAGGUCGCCCGAUACAACCAGACAAACCGAAUGGAAUCAAAUUGGAAAAAUUCAUUUUCGAUGUAUUCCGAUUCGUUGAUGAGGAUAAAUUUGCCGUCUGGCAAGUGAUUCGUGAAGAUGAAUUUUCUCCAUUGAAAAACAAUGAUCAAGCUAUUAGUGAUACACCGACAACAGCACGUUUAUCAUUGUAUAAUCUUCAUCAAAGAUAUUUGCUUAAAGCUGGUGCCAAAAUCAUUGAUGGUCAGAAUGGACAACCAGUUCCGUUACCGUUAAGUCCUGUGUUAACUACUGACAAAAGCAAAUAUUCGAAUCAAGUUGUCUGUGAAAUAUCACCAUUAAUAUCGUAUGAAGAUGAAAAUCUGUUGGAUUUGGUCAACGGUAAAACAUUAUCGACUCCUGUCAUUUUAAGCUAGAAUUGUUUUGAUUUGAAGGUUCAUUUACUAUUUUAUUAAUCCAAUGUAUUUUUUUUAAACAAAUCAAUAAUGUUGAAGUUGAUGAUGAU